GAGGCUCCGCCCCCGCCCGCAGCCCCGCCAAUGGGCGGGCGCGGCUCCCGCCACUACCGCGAGAGUUCCGGUGAAGCUGGCGCCGCCAUCUUGGAGUCGGGAGAGGCCGUGUUCCGUUCCUGUCCCUCUCGGAGGGUCACGGGCGGGGGGGGGGGGGGGGGCGAGGGGGAGGAUGGGCGCCCGCCGGUAAAUUAACGGCGCCCGCGAGCUCGUCAGCCUGACGCUGGGCUGCGGCGGAGGAAGGAUGGUGCAGUCCUGUUCCGCCUACCGCUGCCGGAACCGAUACGACAAAGAGAAGCCCAUCUCUUUCCACAAGUUUCCUCUUACAAGACCUGAUCUUUGCAAGAAAUGGGAAGCUGCUGUUAAAAGGAAAAACUUCAAGCCAACCAAGUAUAGCAGCAUUUGUUCAGAACACUUUACUCCCGAUUGCUUUAAAAGGGAAUGCAACAACAAGCUUCUGAAAGAAAAUGCUGUGCCCACAAUAUUUUGUUAUACUGAACCCAGUGAAAAGCCUGAAGAAUUUGCAGAACAGCCAGAAGAUCCACUACCACCACCUCCACCACCGCCACCGCCUCCACCACCUCCACCACCACCACCAGCAGCAGCUCCAGUGUUACCACCAUCUCCAUCAACUCCUUCUUUUCAUUUGUCUCAAAUAGAUGCCAGAUUUGUAGAUCCAAGUAUUGGAUUAUUGAUGCCUCCUCUCCAGACCCCUAGCAAUCUUGCUGUUUUUUGUGAUCACAACUAUACUGUAGAGGAUACAGUUCAUCAGCGAAAAAGAAUACAGCAGCUGGAGGAACAAGUUGAAAAACUGCGGAAGAAGCUCAAGACAGCGCAACAACGAUGCCGGCGUCAGGAAAGACAAAUUGAAAAACUGAGAGAGAUUGUUCAGUUUCAGAAAGAAAAAGACAUAUUGGCAGGAAAAGGCUAUGUGAUUCUGCCCAAUGACUAUUUUGAAGUUGUAGAAGUACCUGCCUAGAAGUCAUGAACAUCAGUUUUCACUUUGCUAGGCCAAGAAAUUUAGUUUAAAAAAUAAAUGCUCUCUAUGUGUGUAAGACUCUCCGGAAUUCUAAAACAGUAAAUAAGCAGUCAUACAAAUGAGAUCACAUUUUUUCCUUCAUUGUCAUUUCAGUUCGAUACACUUCUAAUAUAUUGAAAAUGCAAGCAUGUCAGAAUUAGAACAUGCAUUUAGUUUACAAAAUCUGAAUUGCUUUACAGAAGCAAAGGAUGCAAGGUUGAAUACAUUUAAAAUCUGUUAAUUUUUUUCUUUUUUUUUCUUUUUUUUCCCCAGUGGAUAUCUCCUGCUUACAGGGGAUGGGGAACGGAAUCUGGCUGAGAGUGAAGUUGGGGUUGUUGUGCACUUAAUGCAAAGCUUUGUCAAGGCAUUUAAUGUUGGCUUUGGUGAUCCCCAGGAAGUAGUUUUCACUGGUUUCAGAAGGAGCAGAAUUAGGCCAGCUAAGAACACCUGCAAGUGCUGCAGAAAGAUAGAGAAAGGUGAGAGACACAUUUCAGCCUGGGAAGACUUCCAACCUCAGUUUGCUGUGCCUUCAAAGCACUGCAAAGAGUCUAACUCCUGGAUCCCUUUGGUGAGGUAUGUAAAUGAACCUCUUCUUUUGGAGUAGCCUUUCACCAUGUGUGAGUUGUGAGGGAGAUGAGGAGAAUUCGUUAGCAUAGCUCAUGAGAGCUGUAGAAGAGGCUUUUGUUUGGAGGGCUUGUAAAAAUACUCCUGAAGUGCAGUGCUGCACUGAACAUAUGUAGAAUCAUAGAAUCAUUUAGGUUGGAAAAGACCUUUAAGAUCAAGUCCAACCACCAACCAUGCCCGCUAAACCAUGUCGUGAAGUGCCUUGUCUACGCGCUUUUUGAAUACCUCCAGGGAUGGUGACUCAACCACUUCGCUGGGCAGCCUGUUCCAAUGCCUGACAACCCUUUCAGUAAAGAAAUUUUUCCUAAUAUCCAAUCUAAACCUCCCAUGCUGCAACUUGAGGCCAUUUCCUCUCGUCCUAUCUCCAGCCACCUGACAGAAGAGACCAGCACCCACCUCACUACAACCUCCUUUCAGGUAGUUGUAGAGAGCGAUAAGGUCUCCCUUCAGCCUCCUUUUCUCCAGACUCCAUGUUGUUGGACUGUUGGCAGGAUCAAGAAGGCAGUGCACUGUUUAGAGUGACUGCUUUUCCAAAGUACGCUGAUAAUAUACGGUCCCUAAUCUGUUGGAGUGUGACAUUCCCUUAAACACUGUAAUGAGUAGAAUGUUGUACUCAUCUUUGAAAUUGUUGGUCUUAACUCACAUCUCAACCAUGUGUAACUUCACGAAGAAGUUUUUUUACUUAUCCAGGGUGUCAGGCGUUUCAGGCAUUUGUGACUUUCAUUGCAGUAUACUGUGAUUUUUUUUUUUUUUUUUUUUCUUCCCCCCCCACUCCCCAAAAGGCAUCCACCAAAGGGCAGUUACGGGAUUAGACUUUGGGAAUUGUUUGGUGCUAGACUGGUUUUUAAUAUCUCAAAUGCUGCUGCCACUCCUUCAGCCUUAUUAAGACUUUCUAAAAAUGAAUUUAGCAUGACAAAGUAGUGCACCAGUUUGCACUUACUGUCUAAUAAUUUGUUUAGUCAACGAACUCAUUCAAAAUCAGAGAAAAUGGCAUCAUGCUAACCCUAUUGUAGCCUUCACAGCUGAAAUUCCUGGAUAUAUGGGACAUGAGGAAGAUGACUUUUCUCAGUCCAUGUCAAACUUUUUUGUGUAGUGUGGAUUCUAGCUCUGAUAGUAAUCAAGCCCUGUUCAUGACUGCUUUAAAAGCUUCACUGAAUAUCCUGUUAGCAUGACAUUUUGAAAUAUUUCAAACCAGUCUUGGUACUUCUAACCUCACUCAUACCAUGUAUCUACUAUCCCUACCAUUUCAUAUACUUAAGAUAAACAAAAAUGCUGAUGCAUCCUUUUGUGUACAUUUAUUAUACCUGAUUAAAAAUAAAAAGCAAA